CGAUGAGUCGACCGGCGAGUCGAUUCCCUACGAUGACGCCCCCGUCAAGAAUGAAUCUGAGUCCAAGGAUGAAGAUGACGAUGAUGAGGACGAGGACGUAUACACCGUCGAGAAGAUCAUGGGCCACGAGUGGAAGAAUGUGCGCAAUUACGCAAGACAGGAUCUUCCUGUCGCUGGUCCCCAAUCUAUCCGCUCAUGUUGACAAUGCGACAGGGUCAGCUCCAAUUCCACGUGAAGUGGACAGGGUACGAUGACCCGGCCGAUAUGACCGUCGAGCCGGAAAAGAACCUGCUUGAUGGCGCGAAGGAUGUCGUCGAACAAUAUUUUAAGCUCCUGGGAGGUCGCCCCGAGAAGCCAUCAGCACAACCGAAGAAGCGCAAGUCUAUGGGCAGGCCCCCCAAGGCGACGCCCGAGAAACAACCUGAGCCCAAGAGACGGAGGAAGUCACGAGCCGAAACCGCAGCGACGCCUCCGGAUGACGACGAAGCUGAGGCUGGAGGUGAUGGCGAUGGCGACAGUGAAGAGACGAGCACAUGGGUGCCCAAAUCAAAGAGCUGGGAGAACGAGGUGGAGCUUGUUGAGACCAUCGUGCGCGAGCCUGGGACCACAAACCUGCUUGCCUUCCUGAAUUGGAAGAAUGGCAAGAAGUCCAAGGUUUCUAUCGAAACCUGCUACGACAGAUGUCCGAAAAAGAUGCUGAAAUUCUACGAACAACACCUGGUCUUCAAGGAUGGUUGAACCACCAGACAGUGUUUCCCGCACGUUGCAGCGUCGGGUUUGCUAGGAUCUGGGGGUUUCCGUCUAUCUUCGUUUAAUCCAGGAUGGGCAUAUCUGCCAGAUAGUGUUGAAAGAAUACUGCGCAUACAGGGUGUUUUGGGGGAGUUUUGACCGCUGGUUCCAAUUGUCCUACCUGUAAGAUAAUGU